AUGUAUUGUCUCUGUUGCUUCCCCGAUAAUCAAACAAUGACUGUAAACCCAAAAGACCUGAAAGUCCAGACUUUAAAAAUCGAUGUCAACGCAGACGCAUCAGAUAUUGAAUCAUUGAGCUCCAAGUACUCGAGACAAGAUAUCGAAGAUGCCAGCGAAAUCUUUCACUACGAAAACAAAUUGUCUUCCAAAUUGAAUGCUAGGUUAAUUGGUAUGAUUGCAUUGGUUGGUGUAUUUGGUACUGGGUUGUUUCUUUCAAGUGGUGGAACAUUACAUACAACCGGUCCAGUUGGUAUGUUGCUUGGUUAUGUGUUGGUUGGAACAGUCGUUGGUGCUUCCCAGGUUUGUCAAACUGAAGUUUCUUGUUUGUAUCCUGCCACUUCGUCUUAUGUGGCACAUGCUGAGCAUUUUGUUGACAGAGCACUUGGAUUUGCUAUUGGUAUCGUGAGCACCUACUCUGCAAUUGUGCCUGGGGAGUUGGCAGCUGUUUCAGUGAUAAUGACAUACUGGUCAGAUAUAAAUCCUGCGUUGUGGAUAUCCAUCUUUGGUGCUGUUAUCAUAGCCACUAACAGCUAUAAUGUGAAGUGGUAUGGGGAAAUUGAAUUUUUCUUUGGUAUCCUCAAGAUUUUAUUAUGUGCUGGUCUUAUCCUAACAGGUUUGAUUAUUGAUCUCGGGGGUGUUCCAGGACAGGAAAGAUUAGGGUUUCGCUACUGGAAAAAUCCAGGACCAUUUGCUAGUAGAUACGCGACUGGAUCGUUGGGUAAGUUCUUGGGCUUUUGGAAAGCUGUCAACUCAAUUGUUUAUUCUUUUGGUGGGGUUCAGUCUAUUGCUAUGUUGGCAGGUGAAACAGAACAUCCUAGAAGAGCUAUACAUCGUGCAGCAAAGAGGGUAUUCUUCCGAGUGUUUUUGAUAUACAUCAUGAUGAUCUUUGUUUUAUCAUUGAUAGUUCCAUUUAACGAUGAAGUUAUCGCUAAACCAAAUGGAACUGCUUCGGGUUCGCCAUGGGUAAGAGCUAUCUCGUUGGCAGGGAUCAAGGUGCUUCCACAUAUUAUCAAUGCUGUUGUCUUGACGUCUGCUUUAUCUGCUGCUAACUUGCUGAUUAUAAAGAGCAGCAGAACCAUAUAUGCCCUCGCCAUUAAAAAGCAGUUGCCAAAAAUAUUCCUCAAGGUGAACAAACAUGGAUUACCCUACAUUGCUGUAAUCUUUGCAUCGUGCUUUAUCCCUUUGGCGUACAUGGCCGUGAAUCAUACAUCCGCCAAUGUCUUUUCCUGGUUCCAAAAUAUCACAUCCUCGGUGUUGUUGUGUGAUUGGAUAGUGAUUUCCAUAAACCACAUCGCUAUGCACAGAGCAAUGAAAGCUCAGGGAUACACCAGAGAGGACUUACCAUACACGUUCAUAAUUGGAGCAUAUGCCGGCCAUUACUCCUUGUUCUUUUCGGUCUUGUUCUUACUAACAGGUGGUUUUCCCGUAUUCAUCCAUGGGUAUUGGGACUUCGCCCAAUUCUUUAGCGCUUACUUUGUCAUCCCUUUGGCUUUGGUCUUUUUCGUUUUUGGCAAGCUUUACUUCAAGACAAAGUUGUUGAAACCAACUGAGGUCAAAUUGAAGCCGUUGUUCUAUGAUGUUGAAAUUAGACCCGAGCCCGCCUUUGGUAAAUUGAAAGGUUGGGACUGGAUUGCGUUGUUGUGGGGAUAA